AUGGCGCUUGUGCUUGAGCCAACAUCUCGAUUCCAUUUCAGUCCCAACGUACAUUCGGGACUAAAGCAUGCGAAGAAAUUGACUGAGGAAUCCUCUCGCAUGCUUGAACGCGUUCUAGAGGAGAACCACAACAACCAUCACAUAUUCACCACAACCGAGGACCAUAAAGGCGUCUACUUUCACAACCAUAUCGCACACCACGAUAUCACCAUUUGGGCUCUUGGAGCUAGUCCUGAAACCAUUCGAUCACAGCAUGAUCGAAACAGUCUAUAUCAGAGGGACCCGAUGGCUGUUCAAAACACGCUUGUGGAAGAUAUGACCGAUUCGUUGGUCUUGAAGCGAUGUCUCGGCAGAGAGGAGAAUUUUGUGAAUUUCUGUCUUUUCUUUGAGAACGAGAUCGAUCGUCUAGGUUACCAAGCCGUCUUUCAGAAAUACCUCGUUGGUGGUAGUGAGAUUGCUGAUGAUAUCCUAUGCCGUAUCUAUAUGGGAUACGUCCACGGUAUUAUCCAUAUUGGCAUGGCCCUAGAGUUUAGGCAGGCAAGGCUACUUGCAGAGGGCUUUGCACAGGCAUGUGUGCACCAUGAUUGGUGGUACACAGACUACCUUACCGCAGCCGAAAAGCUUUCUAAGAGCCAAGUCGAGCCUCCACUCCCGUUGAGUACUUGUGUGGAUCUCGCUCGGGCAAACGACAAGAUUCGCAAUUGUUCUAGUGCUUAUUAUCAUAUGCAACAGAGAAAGGUUACUGGGGAAAUGUGUCUCGAUCUUGAGCCCGCUCGCGAUGGGGUGCUGAAGAAUGCAGGUCCGGAUUUGGUUCGCCUGGCUGCGCGAUAUCGGGUUGACCCAAAUGACUUAGAAAGAGCAACUGCGGAGCUACAAAACACCGCUGUGUAUUUGACAGCCGGAGCCCAGCGCCCACCAUACAUCUGCACAUUUGACUUCUUCCUUUUGCAUAGUGUAACAUCAAGUAUUGGCCACACUAUGUUCCUCGCAGAGCCCUCGCUUACUCGCCAGCAAAAGGCUCGGCUUUUAGAGUACACCGGUCGAGUGUAUCUUCUUUCCUAUGCAGGACAAGGAUGUCCUGAGAUCCGCCUGGACUGGCUGGCCUCGCAUCCGUCCCGACUACCCAAUCAAGGGUGGGAUGAAGUGUUUGACCGGGCAUGCUACCACGAGGAUGAUGGCCACAUGUGCAAGCUUAUCCGGUGCAUGGCCCAUGCCCAAGACACCUCCAAGCCAUACGACCAUCUGCCUGAGUUCCGAGUCAAGCAGUCUGUUUUCCUGACUGCGGGCAUUGCUGCCAUUGACUCCGGUAGCUCGCAGCCUAUGGAUGGAACGAAACAUUUUGACUUUAUCCGUGGAGCUGGCUUUGCUGAAGCUUGGCAGAGAUUUCCUGAACGAGAUGGCCGGGGACAUAGUAUACCUGCCAAGGCUCACCUUUGA